CACCCUCUCGAGCUGCUCACACGCCGUGGUGGCCCUGCUGUACCCCUUCUCCUGGCAGCACACCUUCAUUCCUGUCCUGCCCUCCUCCAUGAUCGACAUUGUGUGCUGCCCUACCCCCUUCCUGGUGGGGCUGCUUUCCAGCUCUCUGCCCAAACUGAAGGAGCUGCCCGUAGAGGAGGCUUUGAUGGUUAACCUGGGAUCUGAUCGAUUCAUCAGACAGAUGGAUGAUGAAGACACACUGUUACCUAGAAAACUGCAAGCUGCUCUGGAGCAGGCUCUAGAGAGAAAGAAUGAACUAAUAAAUCAGGAUUCAGAUAGUGAUUCAGAUGAUGAAUAUAACACCCUGAAUGGAUUAGUGUCUGAGGUUUUUAUCCGAUUCUUUGUGGAGACAGUUGGCCAUUAUUCCCUGUUCCUAACCCAGAAUGAAAAAGGAGAGCGUGCCUUCCAAAGGGAGGCUUUCCGUAAAUCUGUGGCCUCCAAGAGUAUCCGCCGCUUCUUGGAAGUUUUCAUGGAAUCCCAAAUGUUCGCUGGCUUCAUCCAGGACAGAGAGCUGAGAAAAUGCAGGGCUAAAGGUCUCUUCGAGCAGAGGGUUGAGCAGUAUUUGGAAGAGCUUCCAGACACAGAGCAAAGCGGAGUAAACAAGUUUUUGCGAGGCCUUGGAAACAAAAUGAAGUUCCUCCACAAGAAGAACUAA